AUGCUGCGACGGACGGCCUGCACGCGCGGGGGCGCGGCGGCGGGGGAUCCCCACCGCUACUCGGAGCGGGCGCAGCGCAUUCGGCGGCAGGAGUUUUUCUUCCGUCAGCUGCGCCGCCUCAUCAUCCCGGGAUUUUUGGCGUACGGGCUGUUUAUCGCUCGCCCACAGGAGGGGCACUUCCUCCGCUACCUGGCGGAGCGGCGCCACCACGACGCGGCCUUCAACCGGCUCUUCCCUCCGCUGCCGGCAGGGCAGUCCGAUGAGCGGACGACAAGGGAGGGGAGCACGCCGCGCCGAGGCGACUCCGGGUGGGGGUGGGUCGGUUCUUUGCGGCGGCAGGCGCGUGGUAGUGGUGGCGGCGAAGAGUCGGAUGACGAAGCCCGACUGGCGCGCAGGCGUCUGUUGUUUGCGCGGGAACGUGCGUACUCGUCGUCUGACGGCGGCGAAGUGUUUCGUUCCAUUGACGCGGCGCAGCGGGCGGCUGAGUUGGCGUCACGGCGGGAGCAUCCACCGAUGCAUCUUUUGAGCCAACAGCUGCAGGAGCUCAUGGGAGCAUCAAAGUCGUAUGAGGCAAAAGGCUCGGCUGAGGCUGCAACUGUCGUCCUGCCUGUGCGUUUGGAGUUUAAAGACCGCGUUUUUUUUUCAACGGCGAGUGUGGUUUUUACAGACAGUACAGGCGCAUCCGAGCGUCGUCUUCGCUUUUUUGGCGUCUGUGGAAUGAUGUGGUGGGAAGUUUAG